GUUCUGAAUGUUGCACUGACAUGAUCUGUCUCGAAGCGAAAUAUUUUAAUCUCAACAGAAUUCUUUUGCAGUCUAUUGCAUUAUGGCCGUUUCAACAAUCGAAACUUGUCCGAAUUCAAUAUAUUAUAAGCCUGACUAUUCUCCUGGGUGCUCUUAUUUCGCAUAUAAUUACAGUUUUGACGUCAACAUUUACACUUGCAUUAACUAUUAAACCUUUCUCCUGUGUACUCUUCUACACUAUUUUAGUGAUACAUUACAGUUCAUUCGGAGUAAACCUGAAAACCCUAAAAGAUUUAUUAACACGGCUUCACUGUGCCUGCACUAAAUUAAGAGAUAAAAAUGAAAUCGCUAUAAUACAAAAGUAUGGCAGGAAUGCAAAAUGCUAUACGGCUGCACUCAUCGCAAUCUACAUUAGUGUGAGCCCUCUUUUUUGGACCAUUGAAAUGUUAAUGCCUUAUUGCGAUAUCGUUAUACCAAUAAAUGGAUGCCGACCACAACGAUUAUCCAUAGCUUUCGAAUAUUGUAUUCAUCAACAAAAAUAUUACUAUGUACUUCUGCUCCAUAUGAAUGCAGCCAGAGCUAUUGGAAUAUUAACAUUCAUAGCAACGGGAACACUGAUGAUUGCGUAUCUCCAACAUACAUGCGGAAUGUUCAGAAUUGCUUGUUAUCGUAUCGAACAUGCGAUGGAGAUUAAUAUAGAAAAAGAUAUUAGUGGAAACAGCGAGUCUUCGAUAUCCAAGAAAAUAGUUUAUGCCGUACAUAUUCAUCGAGAAGCCAUGAACACUACAUUCUGUGUUUACAGAUUAUCCGAGCAUUUGAUAUCCAGGCUUGAUACAACGUACUUUUGUUUAACAGUACUCGUGGUGAUUACUAUGAGUCUAACUAUGUUUCAAGUUUUUCAGACUAUAUUAUCAGUAGAUAAUACACUGGACGCUAUGGUUCCCUUUAUAAAUCUAGUCAUUUUAAGUCUGUACGUGUUUUUUGCCAAUUUCUUUGGACAGAAUGUUAUUGACCACAAUAAUGAAGUUUAUGCUGCCGCAUACAACAUUCAAUGGUACAUGUGUCCUAUCCAUGUACAAAAAUUGAUACUACUGCUUUUGCAAAGAAAGGCUAGAGAAUUUCAUUUAAUUUGCGGAGGACUGUUCAUAGCGUCUUUCGACUGUCUCGCAACGGUAAAAAUUAGCAACAUAUGAUGGCAACAGCAACGAUGUCUUAUUUUACACUCAUACAUUCCACAAGAAGAUAAAAUAGAAAUAUGUUACAGAAGAGAGAAAUAGUAGAUGUAUAAAAAAUAUAGUACUAUGUUCCAUAUUUGGGGUGAAAAAGAUUAUAGCUCUGAACAUAAAUACAAUUCCUAAAGUUUUCGCUACGAAAAAGAUGAUAACAAUAUUAUAUAUAUAAUUACAAUAAAAUUAUCCAUACGAAAGUAUUACUGUAUUAUACGUUUACUAAGUAUAUUAGAAUUGAGCACAUUAUACUAGUUCUAUUUUGGUUAUUCAUCAAAUCAAGUAUUCAAAGCAUUUUAUUUUUAAAAGCAGCAGUAUAUAUGGUCUCGUUAAAUAUUAUUACAACAAAUAGUUUGAUAUUAUGUCAUUGUAGACAUACGUAGGUCUAUAUAAAUAACCAAUGACAAAUGAAAUAGAUCUAGUAACCAACCUCACAGAAGUGCAUAAAGCAUCAUAUCUCUGAAAUAAUAUUAUUUGUUCUUAUACAGCAAUUAAUUGAUACUAAGUUGUUACUUCAAAAUGUAUAUUACCAAGAGAGACGGGUAAUAAGUAUAGCAAAAUAAAAUAAGGAAUAUCCGAACGUAAA